AUGGGAUAGAUCUGCAUAAGUUGUGAGAAAAAAGAUGCUGAUAAAAAUGAAAUAAAGAUUGAAUAAACUGCCUAACAUCAAGAAAUAAAAUUUAUUGAAGAUUUUGAAUUCAUAAGUGGUUUAGAUAAGGGAGAGUCUUCAAAAAAAAUGAGUAUGCUUUCAUUUCAGCAUAAAAAUAACAGCAGUAGUUGCCGUCAUGUUGAUUCAUAAUAUUAAGGAUCACUUUUUAGUGUUGUAACUCCAGAUUUCACAUUUUCUUCUAAUUUAGUUGAAUGA